AUGGCUGCGUCCUCCUUCACCUCGCACCUGAACUCGAGAGCGCCCUCGUACAGCCCCGUGGCCCUGCCAGUCGGCUGCCCCCUCUUGCCGCCGCCGCCGCUCCUGCCGGCUUACGGUUGUGCCGUCGGCUUCGGCAGCUCGUUCGCUCCCCGGAUGUCGUGCUUACCCUUGGCGUGGUGGGUGCAGCCGUCCCCUCCCCCGCAGGUGCUACCGGUGAGGCAUUGCAGCAUCGAGGAGAUCGUCGACAACGAUGGCAGCGAGGACUCCCCGAAGGCGAAUGGCGCGCAAGACGACAACCACUCCCCUCGCUCUGUCCUCACGCCUUGGAGGAGGCCGCAGGCGGCGCUUCCGCCUCCGUCUCCCCGUUCCUGGGGCGCCAAACCGGCAUUCGAUCCAAGCAGCAACAAGACGUCGGUCAUGAUCUGCAACAUCCCCAACAGCUUCUCGAAGCGGAGGCUCAUGGCGAUCCUGGACCAGCAUUGCGCCGUCGAAAACAGCAAGUUCCCGUGGCGCGCCCCCGGCGGCAUGGUCGUGAGGUCGGAGUACAACUUCCUUUACGUCCCCGUCGACUUCCGGACCGGGUUCAACAAAGGCUACGCGUUCGUGAACAUGACGACGGCGGCCGGGGCGUGGCGGCUCCACGCGUUCCUCCACGGCCACCCCUGGGCGCUGGCGACGGGCUCCCGGAAGGUGUGCGAGGUCGUGCACGCGCACAUCCAGGGCGUGGACGCGCUGGUGGCGCACUUCUCGGGCUCGAAGUUCCCCUGCGGCGAGAAGGAGUUCCUGCCGAUGAGGUUCGGGCCGCCGCGGAACGGGCUCCGGCCGACGGCGGAGCGCGUGAUCGGCCGCGCGCUGAGGCACCGCUGA